UCUAAUUUACGUUAUUCUGCUUGCUGAUCAAAUGUUAGACUUAAAAGUACCUUACUGUAGGGCGUCUCCUUUAAGAGCACGGACCAACGGUCUCAGCGCCCAAUCGCGGCGCGUAAACUGAAAGUGUUGUUGUUAGCAACUAGCUGUUAGCUUUCAGCUAAUGUUAGCAAACCGAAGAGCUAACGGUGCGAGACAUUUGAUUAUCUCAAGCGAAUUAAAGUUGAGUUAACCUUUAGUCAUUUAAGUAAGUGGAACAAGUCUUAUCCAGUGUGUGCCUUCAACAAAAUCAAAAAUGACUUCUGCACUGUCGGAUCCAACGCUUGAGAGACAUUUUAAGGGUCAUCGGCACACUGUGACCAGUGUGGACUUCAGCUGCAACAUGAAACAGAUUGCUACAGGCUCUGUGGACUCUUGUGUGAUGAUCUGGAACAUGAAGCCUCAGAUGCGAGCGUAUCGCUUUGAUGGGCACAAAGAAGCUGUCACUUGUGUUCAGUUUUCUCCAUCUGGCCACCUGGUAGCCUCCACCUCUAGAGACAAAACUAUACGCCUUUGGGUGCCCAGCAUGAAGGCAGAUUCAACAGUAUUCAGGGCUCACACAGCGACUGUGCGCUGUGUUAAUUUCUCCGGUGAUGGACAGACUAUGCUGACAUCCUCUGAUGACAAGACCAUCAAACUGUGGACAGUCCACAGACAGAAGUUCCUCUUCUCUUUCACCCAACACAUGAACUGGGUCCGCUGUGCUAAGUUUUCUCCAGAUGAUGGUUUGAUUGUAUCAUGUAGUGACGAUAAAACCAUAAAACUGUGGGACAAGAAAAGUAGAGAAUGCGUUCAUACUUUUACUGAGCAUGCUGGUUAUGCAAGCUAUGUAGACUUUCAUCCCAGUGGGACAUGCAUUGCUGCAGCAAGUACUGAUACCUCUGUUAAGAUUUGGGACAUCAGAACCCACAAAAUGCUUCAGCAUUAUCCAGUCCACAGUGGUGCUGUGAACAGUUUGUCUUUCCAUCCUGGUGGUAAUUUCCUAAUUACUGCAUCCAGCGACUCCACAAUGAAAAUACUGGACCUGGUGGAGGGAAAGCUAUUGUAUACACUACAUGGACAUCAGGGUGCAGUCACAUGUGUGGCCUUUUCUAGAGCGGGGGAUUACUUUUCAUCUGGAGGUUCUGACGAACAGGUUUUGGUGUGGAAGAGCAACUUUGACGAAUGUAUUGAAAGCAGUAAUGGUGUCAAAUCGCAAUGUAAAAGUGCAGCGAGUUCACAGUCUCGGCCAGCCAGUUCAACAGCUCAUCUUCAUUUUAACUCACAACCGCCUGUCCUCAACAACCAGACCUUCGAAAGAGCCGAGCACCUUAACAGACCAAACACUCAAACUACGGCUCGCACUCUUAGUUUCGGCCAUAGUGACGGCCACAGUCGAGGGACUCACUCCCAUGCCCACAGAGACGCCGCCACCAGGUCACCCUCCACCCAGCAGACUCAGGGUUCACAACUACCUGCACACCAGGAUAAAGGCCUGUCUGAUGUUUCGGAUGGAAGGGUUCCCUCCAGUUUAGCCAACACCCUGGAGCACAUCAUAGGUCAACUGGACGUUCUCACUCAGACGGUUUCGAUCCUCGAGCAGCGGCUGACACUGACGGAGGACAAGCUCAAGGAGUGUUUGGAGAACCAGAUGGAGAUUGGACUGCAUCUCCAAAAUCGAGACGAAGGAAGAAGGUGGCCAAAUCAACACUGUUGAUGAUUACAAAAAAAAAAAAAAAAAAA